CUGUUAUAUCCGCGGUCUGUUCAGAAAGAUAGAAGCAAAAAGGGUGGUGGGGACCCUGGUGCUUGGACGGUGCAAGAUCGUAUUGAAGAAGUCCGGGGUAAACUGACCCUCAAGCAGCGUGACCAGGCAGCAUACUACACAUUCUCCCAGAACGAGAUAAAAGAGAAUGAAAACCUCAUUCGUAACCUCCGAGCGGAGAUCAAAGAGAAGCGGAAUCUACAAAUGAUGAGCAUGAACGCGGAUGAAUAUGUUAUCCGGGAAGGUUUUACGAAAGACAGGGAGUCACAGCUGGCAAUGCAAAAGUACACUGUUGCAAAAGCAAUAACGGAGAAGUAUGAACACGUGUUCGAUAAAGCAGCAGUUCUUAAUUCAGCGAGGCAUGAAAAGGAACGGAAACAACGAAAAGUGCGAGAGUUGUUAUUUGUGUUGAAAGAUGUGAAAAGUUUAGCAAAAUCGAGCGAAGAGGAUAAAAGCAGCCAACGGGUUCGAACGUUAACUACAUCAUUGGAUAAAAUGAAGAUGAAAUGCAGCUCAGCAAAGUAUGUUCAGAAGACAUAUAACCAGAUUCUGUACCACAUGGGGCGGGACAGUUUGACCUUACCUGGCCGACUCAGUAAUGUUGAGCAAAGUCUACAGAGCAUUCAAACUGAGCUGAAGAACGAAUUGGUUCAAAUUCAGAACGAUGCUAAGACUGCAUACGACCAAACUAAAGUGGAAAAGGAACAACUUGAAUCUAAAAUUCUAAAGGGAAAACGAUCUCGGGAUUCUAACUUGGCGAUGACGCGGCGAAAAUUCAAGAAACUUAACCAGGAGUCGAAUGAAAAGGAAACAAAACCAAGGAAGAGAAUACCGAAUAAAUUCAGCCAGGGUGACUCGAAAAUAUUAACAAAAGAUGGAAAGUAUUUUUGGAAGAAAGUUCGAACAUUCUGGGUCACCAAAAAAGCAAUGGACAAAUUACAGGAACAGAUGUGUGUCAGUCAACCUACCAACAUUGCAGUUUGCUUCGAACGCCAAAUACAACGGCACAAAGAGCUUCAAGCGAUGGUUAACAUAUCUAUGGAACGCAAGGCUCAUUUAACCGAAGUUUUAGAUGGAAUAUUGGAAAGUCUGGACGACAAGAAGCGUUGCCAUCAAAGCCUAUUGGAAGACACUGCAGCAAAAAAAGCAGAGUUCUAUAAAUGUAUUGCUGAAUCCAGCAGGACUUUAAGAGAAAGAUCGAGUAGAAGUGAUUUAGUCGACCGAUUAAUACUUGAUGUGUCCAACUCGACCGAGCAUAUAAGACACAAAGUGGCAUCGAGUAACUGGCUAAAGUUAAAGCUUAAGAAGCAUGGCUACGAAAUGCCCACUACAUUAGACACAUCAGCCUUGGAGGUGGCUGAUCCGUUUGAAGAUCCAGUUACAGCAUUAAAUGCUUGUGCCGAUCAACUUAACAACCUUACUCUGGAAAUGGCUAACAGGGCCGAGGAAAAUCCAGAUGAUACGGUCGCCGAAGAAGUUUUGAGCGACUGCGCCCAAGAUCUUCUUGUAUCCAUGCGUGCAAGUGCCCCACAAAACGUCCGCAUCGUAAUCGCUGUGGACGAAGACAUUCUUCCAGCUGAAGACUUUCUAUGCGACGAUGAUGACGAUAAUGAUGAAUAUUUGUCACGUGAGGCAAUCCAAAACACAAUGCGGGAGCUCACCGAGACUGCCACCAUGCGGAAGAAGAGACGGCGACAGCGAAAGGCAAAAAAGUAAUAAAAUAAACGAAUUCCAAAAACUUG